ACAACUGAUAUAGUUAAACAACAUGACCAGAAUAAGCCAUUGUUCCUGUAUUUACCAUACCAAGCCGUUCACGGUCCUCUUCAAGUUCCUGAUAGUUACAUAAAACAAUAUGAUUUUAUUCAAGAUAAAAAUAGACGAACAUACGCUGGUAUGGUAACGUGUAUGGAUGAAGGUGUAAAGAAUGUUACUGAUGCUUUUAUGGAAGCCGGUUUAUGGAAUAAUACAAUCAUGAUAUUUACUACAGAUAAUGGAGGUCAAGUACAUGCAGGUGGUAAUAACUGGCCAUUACGAGGAUGGAAAGGAUCAUUGUGGGAUGGUGGAAUGCAUGGAGUAGGGUUUGUACAUGGUCAAGCAUUAAAAAAUAAAGGAUCUGUGAAUGACGCGUUGAUCCAUGUUUCUGAUUGGUAUCCUACUUUAGUGAAAUUAGGGGGAGGUAAUCUAAAUGGUACACUACCUUUAGAUGGCUUUGAUCAAUGGGCAACUAUCAGUGAAGAUGCCCCUGCAGUAAGAAAAGAACUGUUACACAACAUUGAUCCGAUGACGAAGCUAGCUGGUAACAAAAUGUAUCCUGAUACGUUUGAUAAUAGAAUUAGAGCUGCUCUUAGAGUUGGUGACUGGAAAAUACUCACCGGUAGUCCAGGUGAUAGCCACUGGGUUCCCCCACCACAUCUACAAGUAGACAAGAACCUGACAUUACCAAGUACCUACAGUCAAGAUCAGAAUCUUUGGUUAUUUAAUAUUAAAGAUGAUCCAAAUGAAAGAAGAGAAUUAUCAGCUCUAUAUCCUGAUAUAGUUAAAUCCAUGUUGGAUAGACUGGAUUAUUACAGUAAUACCGCCGUUCCUGUCCGUUAUCCUGAUCCUGAUCCUCAAGCUAAUCCUAACUUACAAGGCGGUGUCUGGGGGCCAUGGGAAUAAUAUUCUGAUAGAUCCAGAAUCUGGCGUCCAUUGUAAUAAAUCUGUUUAAAAAAU